UCUACUCAUUUUAAUUCCUUCCUCUACUCAUUUCAAUUCCUUCCAGACUUGAUUUCUUUCCCUCUAUUUUGAUUAAAGUUUAAAGUGAUUUAGGCCAUAGAGAUGUAUCUUCGUCAGGAUCUGCGGUGAGUUUUUUGCCAAACUCAGCACUUUAAUUCAAUUCGGAAAGAACAAGAAAUCAAGUUGGAGGAUUUAAUAUCGGAAGAAUUGAGUUUCGGUUAUGGUUUUACUAAUGAUCACCAGCUGUUUGAAGAAAUUUCGAAGCGAGAAGUGCGAAAUCCCAAGGACAUGUCGUCGGAGCUGUCAUCUCGCCAAUAUGUACACUUCGUGCCCUUUAGGGUUAUACAACAUGGCAUUAUUGAACGUCAGCCUCACAUCAUCUGCAAAUUCCAACGAUGACCUGUAAAAUUCUUGGUUAUCCUCGAUUUAACGGUGCCCAUAUCCAUAGGAUUCUUGAUUAUGUCAUAGUAAUCGUGAAGGCCUAGGCCAACUGUAUCCACAGGCGUAUUGAAGAUGUACCCAUGUUUGUGCUUCAUCAAUUUGCCCAAAAUUUGACCGCAAGUUUUCAUCAAAUUAUCGGAUCUCUUGCAGUUAUCUUGAGGAUUGUGCCGCUUUGUCUCCUUGCUGAAAUUCAACGGCUAAGGUCUCUUGCUGCCGGAGACUUUCUUCGUGAUGGAUUUGUUGUUGGAGUUGGAUCUGGCCUGAAAAUCAUUGGAUUCAAUUCGAUUCCUCAGUUCACGAAUUUGCUCCAGCUCCGAUACCAACUGUCCCUUGAGAUCAUUCAGCUGCUUCCUCGAGAAAGACUUGAGAUUGAAGUUCAGGUACGCGCCGGCGCUGAAAUCAUUCAGCUUCCGAUUAAUUGACGACGCGUCAUCAGAAGCUGCAGAUUGCGUCACGACGGGCAAAUCAUCGAACAGUGGACCAGCCGCAUCAUCUUAGGAAUUACGGAGGGGGCCCGACGGCUCAAGCAUCAAAACGCGGAAGCCCGAGGGCUUCCGAUCAAAACAGAGGAUCGCCGAUAAGGGAGGUCAGGAGCAGGGAGAAGAAAGGGAAAAGAACUAA